UAUUCAUCAUGGCGUCCGGGGGUUAGUGAUCAAUUGAAAUAACCCAAAUAUUCAUUCUUCCAAGCCAUCAGUGACCGAUAAACCGUUAAAAACCCGUGAGAAACCGUCGCUAAGUCUUCAAAGCAAGUUCUGUAAUCACCAAGACCUCUGAUAAUUCCAAAAACCACAACAAAUCGUAUUAUUUUCUCCCCUCGUGGACCCCUCGUUUGACAGUUCAAGUGCACCCCCUUUUUUUUUCAUUCUGAAAACUGAAAGAUGAACUCCUGUGAGGAACCAGAGAGCCCGGUGUGCGACACCCUGGACCUCAGUGGCCAAGGACUCAAAAAAUUGAGUCGAUGUCCCUCAGAUGCCGAUAUCAACACUCUCAUUGUUGAUGAUAAUGAACUUCAGCGUCUUGACAAUCUCGACAGUUACCACAGAAUUACAAAGUUGUCAAUAGUGAGAAAUCAAUUACUCCGGAUGUACGGAGUCUCCAAGCUGCAUAAUUUGGUGACAUUGAACCUGGCGAACAACGGAAUACUGACAAUAGAAGGCAUCAAGGAUAUGCCGAAUUUAACUACUCUAUGUUUGGCAGGGAACAAUGUGAAGUCUAUCGAGCACCUUCACACCAACAUGAAGCUAGAGCACCUGGACUUGUCCGAGAACAGCAUAAGCCACGUGUCCGAUAUUUCUUACCUGAGGAACCUGAAGGAAUUAUUUUUGCACAACAAUCGCAUAAUAACCCUUCGCCAAUGCGAGAGGUAUCUCCCGACGUCCCUGGAGACCCUGACCCUUGCCAACAACAACAUAACAGAUCUGAACGAGAUGUCGCACCUGGGGAGCCUCACAAGUCUCAUAAAUUUCUCGAUAGCCAACAAUCCCUGCGUCAGUGCCACUGGCAACAUACGUAGUGGAUUCGACUACCGACCGUUCGUUAUUAAUUGGUGUAUGAGCCUCAAAUCAAUCGAUGGAUAUCCUGUUGAUCCCAUUGAAAGCCUCAAAGCAGAGUGGCUGUACUCCCAAGGUCGAGGUAGACAAUUUCGUGUGGGUGAGCAUUCCCAAUUAGCCCAAUACCUGGCCUCGGUGUGUCCCUUGUCAGGUGAAUGCCUCGAGAAUGAGACCGACAGGAAGUUGAGAUUAAUUCUGAGCAAAGCCCAGCAUCAUCAGCAACAAUUGAGCCAGCAAGGGGAUACUGUCAAUGUACACGGUAUGAGUGCCUCCCCAGCUACCAGGAGAAGGCUGGGAGGUAAUCGCACGAGCUCCCCUCGACGUCCAAUUUUCCCUUUGUGGUCAUUUCACGAAGAUAAAUAUACACGAAAAUUAAACGAGAAAAAAUACUGCUCCUGUCCGUCACCUUCGAAAGCGUCAAUCCAUUUAGGUGUCACGAGAAAUUCCAUGAGAAUGAGAUCGCCUGACAGAAUGGUCACCAGUUGUCACACCGACGCGAUGAUCUCAUCUUGUCAUGGACAGUUGGAGGGUCAUGAGUCCCUGAUGACCCAGAGCCUCGAUCCAAACAUGCUGUGCAAUACUUUUAAUAGUAAACUCAGAGAGUCAGGGCUUCAAGAUGUCGAGGAAACAUCGAGUCCUCUCCAGGCAGCCACGAAGCUCGUUCCAGUCCCCGAGUCCCUGAUGAGUCCCGACUUCCGUCCGCCCUCGGGCCUUUCCCGGAUCCUCCCAAAGACACCUCCGAGUCGUCUCUCAUCCCCCAUCCAAACAACAAUUCCCGGGAAAGCCUCUGAUCCCUCCAAAGCCCACCCCAUAAUCACCGCCAGCACCAGUCCCUCAAAAUUCACCAACUUGACCCACAAAUCCACCCCCUCCAACCCCCCGAAGUCCAACAUAGCGAAGCCCAUUCACCCACCGGCCAACGGCAAGUGCCCCCAGUCAGUGAAAAUCAACAACUACGUUCAGUCCAAGACGAUGACCCCCAGGAGAUCCCUGAAGAACUCACCGAACCUUCCACGAGCUAAACCGAAGCCCCAGAAUGACAAAACAUUAAAACAACAGGCAAAUGGCUCGAAAAAACCAAAGGACGACGAUAAUAUUCCAUCGAGCGACGAGGACAGCGAAUUUUGUCAGGCAAAACUCGAUGGUAUUCGUCAUCGGGCCAUCCAACGACGUCAGGAGGAUACGAAUAAAUCCGAGGAUCAGACGGAGAAGGCAGCUGUGCUCAUUCAGAGGAUCUGGAGGGGCUAUCACACGAGAAAUCUUAAUAAAAAAGCCACCAAUGUACUCAAGACGAUAGAGAUGAUGAGGACUAACAAGUACAUUCAGAAAUUAUCCAGUGAUAUGGAGGCUACUAGAACAGCUUUGGAGAGUGAACACAAGCUCCAGCUGCUGCAGAUGCAGGCCAUCAAUGCCCUCUGGAAGAAAGUGGUGAGUCUUCAACCUGGCCGAGAUGAAGAUCCCAACGCCGAUGUCGUAACAAAUCUCGCGCAGACCUGCAAUUUACUCCACACCCAAGUCCAGCAGCUUCAGGAUUCGAUGAGUGAGAUCAAGCGUUGCAUGUCUCACAUGCAGCCAAGAGCUGGAGUUGACCAGGGUGUUGGUACCCAGACUGAAAUAUCAGCUGUUCACACACCCGCAGGUGAAGAGAACACCUUCCCCUACGGUAGGACUGUCCACAGGCCUCAGUCAUUGUCCAUUCAUCAGACAAUUCAUGAAGGGGCUGAGAGCAAAAGUUUUGCUAGCAAUUUGGUGGAUUCGGUGCUGAAGAAAGUGUCACAGAGCACUGACACCACUGAUGACGAAGUCAAUACUGAUAUAUUGAACUCUAGUAAUCCAGAGCUGGUGGAGCUGGACCGGGGUAGAGAUGGCGAAGGACAGGGGGAGAUGUUCAAGAGUUGUGAGGAGAUUGAGGGCUUCAGGGAGGACGGAGUCGAGGACUUCGAGGAUGUUGUUGAGAGCGAGGAGGUGCUCUGCAAGGAACUCCAGGGGAUGAUUGAGAAGGAGGGCGAGGGGGAUUGUGAUAUCGGGAGUGGAAGGGAAUAGGGAUAGGGGGCUUCUAGCUUUAUUACUGAUUGUGCUCACUGUAUAUAAUUGCAAGUGCUCGCGAUGUACCAAAGAUUUUUUUUUGGGGGUGUGUGAGAAGAGAUUUCCUGGGGGAGGGGUAGGAUCCUCGCAGAAGUGUUACAAUGGUGCGGUUGAAAAAUAAUUUCCAUAAGCGAUUUUUUCGAUUUUGAUUAAUCGAGGAUUUUUUGAUUGAUCGAGGCUUCGGAGAGUUUUCUUUGCGAAAAUAUUGACACGUGAGGGUGAAGUGAAUUUUCUUCCGGCGUAGGAGACUUUUGGGAAAGAGAAAGAUGUCUUUUGAUAUUUUUUGAAGAAAGUUGAAGUUUUGGAGGGCUUUGAGGAAAAUCGAGACACUAAAUGUUGGAGGAAUUAUUUUUUUUUCACUGGGAAUGUUGAGGGGUUAUCGAAAAAUGUCACAAGAUCAUUUUUACUGAACAGUUGGGUUUUAUCUUCUAAUCGAUUCCGGAAUUUUUUAAUAAAAUUUGCAUUUUUUUUUUCAGUUCUUAUGGAAAGGGUCAAUAUCUGAAUAAUUCUUCCAGUAAUUUUUUAGGGAAUUAUUUCUUCCCUUUGUUUCACUCACGAUUUUUCUUCUCACCAUCCUUUCAAAUGUCUGCAAGCUGCCAGAUACAAAGAUUAAUGAGGCUAUCAGAUCUGAUUAAGAUAUUUAUUACAAGAAGAACGAAUUUCCUAGGAUUUUAAACCGUAAAUUCAAUUGCUCAGUGAAUUACACAAAAUACUCUUAACGAUACAAAAAUAAUACAAAACAUGAUUUUGGUGAAUGACCGGUUUAAAAUUAAUUGAAAGAAGAUAAACUAUGGAAAAUAGUGAAGUAGGUAGGUAAGGCCAGGCAGCGAAAAAAAUCCUGUUUUUACUCUUUACGUGUGUGAAAAGUUUGAUUGAAGAGAGAAACAGUGAGAAAAUUUUGUAAUGAAGUGAUAAAACCGUUAAAAUCCUUUUCACAUAAUUGUGAAAACGACAGAAGAUUUUUUCAGUUGAAAAAAUCAACAAAAUAUUGCUAGACGUUAAUUACUGGAAAAAAAAAUUUUUUUCGUUCUAAAUUUCAAAUAAGUUUUUUUUCUUAUUGUCUCCCGAGAAUAUUCGUCUCACAAAGUAAUUAGCGACGACUAAUUAAAUCCCUUUUCAUUAUAAGCACUUUAUCACUUCAAUACAAGAUCAAAUUAUUUAUGAGUGACUCGACGUCAAAUCAUCAGUGGAAAAAAAUUUGUUUUUCCGUAAUUAUUACCGUUGCAACUUUUCCGUGAUUCUAAAUAAUUAGAUAAGACUUCAAUCAAAAGUUCAAUCCGAAACAAAGAGUUUUGCGCGAACCAGGAUUUUUAAAAUUUACUAAUUACGAAUUCGUAGCUUUUCCAACUGCUGAUUUGACGAUAAAUUAUUCUAUUCGUUUAAUUUCAGUAUUUCAGUAUAGGACUAGUCAAUUAGUUGAUAUUCCACUUAUGAAUAUAACCGAGUUAUAGGACCCGUUAUGUAGGUAAAAGUUUCUCGUUGGCAUUAAGCCCCUGGUGAUUUUCUUUAGACGAUUAAUGGCAGCACGAGGGCGCACAGAUUGUUAAUUUCAUUUUGUAACUGAAGUUAAAUAUUGAAUAGUGACCUUGAGGGUCAUCUGAAGGCCGUAGUGGAGUGGUGGCGUCCAAAAUCGAUAAAGAAUUUUUUAAAUAUUGUGAAAGCCAAUGAAAGCAAUGAAUAAUCGACAAUUAAUCAUUAAAAAUAUAAUUCUGUUCUUAUCCCCUUCCCAAUGAAUAAAAGGCUUUACCUGUGUUGUCAAACUGUCCCAAAGAUUGAGAAUAAAAUUUCAGAGAUUUUUUUACAGGAAA